AUGACCGACGCUCAAUCACCAACCGCACUUCCAGAUGAACUAACAUACCUUAUUACUGCUUUUCUUCCUUCUGAGCCUUCAGAAAUUCGCUCCAAAUCGUAUAUCAUCCUUUCUGCCUUUUGCCAAGGUGUUCGGCAAGCUCAUCCACCGAAUGGACAAGAGCCCGAUCCCGCGACCGAAGCUCUUGCAAAAAUAUUCUCUCCUCUGGUCGUUCCUCGUUUGGAAGAGACUGACGAAAAUGAUCUCUUGGUCGGAAUAUCAUUCUUGACCGCUUUAUUCCAAGUCGACUGGCAAUCAGCCUCUGCAAUUUUCCGGCAGGAUAUGGUACAGGAUUUGAUCAUGGAUAGCGUUGAGCUCACGCCUUCGGAUGAACUAUCGUUGCACGUCGCGCAUUUGCUCAGUCAGGCUUGUGGAUACAAACCAAGUCGCGCUACGCUAUCCUCGCAGGCAUCUCAAUGGCUGGAAAGUAAAUCGCGCACUACGCAAGCCUCUUUACGCGCGGCUGUAGCGAUCGCGUUGAUCAAAUUGAAGAAAGGCAGCAUCGCAGAUAGCGCGGCUGAAAAUUUCAACGAUGCGUCAUCCACGAAGGGGAAAAACGUAGACGAUGGGCUGGCAGAAGUCAUGAAGAAACUGGUCAUUGAUGGUACUGAAAAGUCAUCCUUGGCAGAUGCUGUAGAAGGUCUCGCAUACCUGAGCACCGAUCCUGCAAUCAAGGAAGAGUUGUCCAAAGAUUCACAAUUUCUUAAACGACUCUUUUCCCUCACACCUAAACGUAAAUCUACUGCCAUAAGCGAAUCAACUUCAACAAUCCUUUAUGGUGUUCUGAUCAUCGUGUCCAAUAUCUGUGCUUACCGUCCUCAGUUAAGCGAAGAACAGAAGCAGAUGGAGAAACUCCGCAAAAUGGCAAAAUCUAGCGGUACUCCCUCCGAUACGUCUGAUUCUUUGAAUGACGAUGGUCGAGUAAAGGAAAGAAUCAAGAGAUUAUUGACCGCAGGUGUUCUAGAUGUUCUUGCCACCGCCUUGCCUUCCACGGACACUUCUGGAAUUAGGAUUGCCAUUGGUAAUGCCCUCCUCGAUAUCAUCACCGACAAAGAUAACAGGGGCAAAGUCUUACAGCACGGGGGUGGUAAACUCCUUGUUCUCCUCAUACGAAAGGCUAUGUCAGAGCUGAAUGGGACAGCAGAAUUAGAUGUGGCUUAUCUGGCACCGAUACAGGCUUUGGCCAAGCUCGCAAUCACGUCGUCGCCUACCGCGGUGUUUGGUCCAAACCAAGGUGCUUUAUAUGAUGCCAUUCGCCCAUUCUCACUGUUACUUCGACAUCCAUCUGCUAAACAGCUGCAACGCUUCGAAGCUCUCAUGGCGUUGACGAAUCUGGCAUCUGCAAGUCCAGAUGUCUCUUCCCGAAUAGCUAAUGCGGAUGGCCUGCUCGAUCACGUCGAACUUCUGUUGUUAGACGACCACCCAAUGGUUCAACGAGCUUCCGUUGAGCUCCUCUGCAACCUAAUUGCUGGAUCCGAUAAGGUUUUUGAUCGAUACAGCGACGCAGAUGGCGCAGGGAAAUCACAGCUGCACAUUAUACUAGCACUGUCGGACGCGGAAGACUUGCAAACGAGACUUGCGGCUUCAGGUGCAUUAGCUACUUUGACAUCUGCACCCAGCGCUUGUAGAGCUCUCUUACAGAUACAACGGGAUCGUCAUCGAGUGUUAUUAAUCUUAACGCUACUAAUUGAUCCUUCUGCUGCUCCUCAGGAUGACCAAUUGGAUAGCGAGGGUCAUCCAGGGCUUGUCCACCGAGGCGUAGCAUCUGUGCACAUAAUGGCCCCAUCCAAGAAGGCGGGCAAGAAAGUCACUCCGACCGCAAAGAAAUCAAGUGGAGGGGCAUCGAAAGGCAAAGUCGCAAAGGCCGACUGGAAAGAGGGAUUCAAGAAGAAGCAAAUAGGCGUCUCCGAUAUGACGCUUCUGUCAACGAUCAGCAACGAAAGUAUCAACGAUAAUCUUUCGAAGAGGUGGAAGGGUGGCGAGAUAUACACCUAUAUUGGACAAGUCUUAAUAUCUGUGAACCCUUUUCGAGAUCUCGGGAUAUAUACUGAAGAGGUACUUGAACGAUACAAAGGAAAGAACAGACUCGAAGUUCCACCUCAUGUAUUUGCCAUCGCUGAAUCUGCCUACUACAAUAUGAACGCGUAUCACGAAAACCAAUGUGUCAUCAUCUCCGGAGAAUCUGGAGCUGGAAAGACGGAAGCUGCGAAGAGAAUCAUGCAAUACGUUGCCGCAGUAUCGGGAGGUCAGGAUAGUAGUAUUCAGGAGAUAAAGGACAUGGUGUUAGCGACCAAUCCUCUACUAGAGAGUUUCGGGUGCGCCAAGACAUUGCGCAAUAACAACUCGAGUCGCCAUGGAAAAUACCUCGAAAUCAUGUUCAAUUCUCAGGGUGAACCUGUAGGCGCGCAGAUCACCAAUUAUCUGCUGGAGAAAGGCCGAGUCGUGGGCCAAGUUGAGAAUGAGAGGAACUUCCACAUAUUCUAUCAGUUCACAAAAGCUGCAAGCAGUGAACAACGAGAGAUGUUUGGUUUGCAAGGCCCUGAAGCGUAUGCGUACACAAGUCUUAGCAAUUGCCUUGAUGUUCAGGACAUUGACGACAACAAAGAUUUUACAGACACCAUCAAUGCCAUGCGAAUCAUUGGUCUCAGUGAUCACGAGCAGAGCGAAAUAUUUCGCAUGCUAGCGACCAUCUUAUGGCUUGGAAACGUUCAAUUUGUUGAAGAUGACAGCGGGAAUUCGACGAUCGCAGAUGCUGGUGUCACUGAUUUUGUCGCAUAUCUCUUGGAGGUGGACUCAGCACUUGUGCAGAAAGUAAUGACCAUACGAGUAAUGGAAACACAGCGCGGUGGUCGCCGUGGUUCUGUUUAUGACGUGCCUUUAAACCCUGCCCAAGCAACCUCCGGAAGGGAUGCACUAGCCAAGGCUAUUUAUAACAAUCUAUUUGAAUGGAUAGUAUCACGAAUCAACGUUUCUAUGAAACCUAGGUCAGCUCAUGCGCAAAUCAUUGGUAUCCUUGAUAUCUUUGGAUUCGAAAUAUUCGAGGACAACUCUUUUGAACAACUUUGCAUCAACUAUGUGAACGAAAAGCUACAACAGAUUUUCAUCGAGUUGACUCUCAAGACAGAGCAGGAGGAAUACGUCCGAGAACAGAUCAAGUGGACACCUAUUAAAUAUUUCAACAACAAGAUUGUCUGCGAUCUAAUCGAGGAGCGACGGCCGCCUGGCAUCUUUGCUGCCUUGAACGACGCGUGUGCUACCGCUCACGCUGAUCCCACCGCUGCUGACAAUAGUUUCAUGCAGCGAUCUGCCGGACUUGCGUCCAAUCCUCAUUUCGAGUCUCGGGGUGCUCAGUUUUUGGUCAAACAUUAUGCUGGAGACGUGAUGUACAAUGUAUCUGGUAUGACAGACAAGAACAAGGAUUCCCUCCUCAAGGAUUUGUUAGAUCUCAUCGCAUCUAGUGGCAACCAGUUUUUACAAACCAUAUUCCCUGACCGACCGGACCCAAAUAGCAAGAAGCGGCCACCUACUGCUGGAGAUAGAAUCAAGGCUUCUGCCGGUGCCCUUGUUGAAAAUCUGAUGAAAGCUCAGCCUUCUUACAUCCGUACUAUUAAACCCAACCAGAAUCGGAGCUCGUCAGAAUACGAUGAGAAAGCGAUUCUGCAUCAAAUCAAGUACCUAGGUCUACAAGAGAACAUUCGCGUUCGUAGAGCAGGUUUCGCUUAUAGAAAUACUUUCGAAAAGAUGAUAGAGAGAUUCUACCUUCUUUCUUCUCGGACCUCCUACGCCGGAGAAUACAUUUGGAACGGUGAUGCGAAGUCAGGAUGUGAAGCAAUCCUGAAGGAUACAGGCAUUGCCAAAGAUGAAUGGCAGAUGGGCACAACCAAGGCGUUCAUCAAAAACCCUGAAACACUUUUUGCUUUGGAAACAAUGCGCGACCGCUACUGGCAUAACAUGGCUGGACGUAUACAACGCGCGUUCCGGAAUUACAUGCGAUACAAACACGAGUGUGCUCGUCGUAUACAGAGAUUUUGGAAGAAUAACAAGGAGUCACUGGUCUAUGCUCAAGUCCGAGAUCAUGGACACCAGGUGCUUGCUGGACGUAAGGAACGUAGACGAUUCAGUCUGUUGAGCUAUAGAAGGUUCAUGGGUGAUUAUCUCGAUGUAAAUGGCAAGAGUGCUUUCGGGGAAGAACUUGCUUCAGGAUGUGGUAUCGGCAAUGAUGAAGUGACCUUUAGUGGCAAAAUUCAACUUCUUGUGUCAAAACUUGGACGCUCCAGCAAACCCAGCCCUCGAUGGAUAGUCGUGACCAAAAAAGCUGUUCAUAUAGCCAUUACCACGGCCAAGGAUGGUUCGACAAUGACCACCCUCGAAAGAAAGAUUCCUCUGGUAACAAUCAAGAGUAUAUCUAUGACGAAUCUAAGAGACGAUUGGAUGGCCUUGAACGUGAAUGCUUCCGAAGAGGGGGAUCCUGUCUUUCAUUGCUAUUUUAAAACCGAGUUGGCUUCCAAUCUAAUCACCUUGACAAAUUCAAGCAUUAGUCUCAUGAUCGGGCCUACCAUCGAAUACGCCAAAAAGAAGGAGAAGCGGGCGCAGAUCAAAGCGGUCAAAGACGAAACCAUACAGAAAGACGACUUAUACAAGAGCCAUACGAUUCAUGUCCAGUCCGGAGAAGCUCCUAAUAGCUUGUCUCGUCCCGCUGCCAAGCGCAAACCCGGUACUGUUCGUCCUAUAACUCAGGGGAAACUUCUACGUCCUGGAGGGCCUACUAAAUCUAAACCCGCAUCAAAGCCGAAACCUGUGGCCCAAAAGCUACCUGGACAAACAACAACCCCCGCGGCGCAGUCGAUUAUGCCCAAGCCAACCCCCGCCUCUACUAAUGGUGUCGCUCGUACGGCCCCAGCGCCAUCUCGUGCUUCCGUGCCCCCUCCGCCUCCGCCUCCCCCCGUCCACCCCGCCGCCGAAUUGUACAAAGCAAAGUAUGCCUUCAAUGGAGAAGAGGGAGAGAUGUCUCUUAAAAAGGAUGAUAUUGUAGAAGUCAUAAGUAAGGAAGGAGAUAAUGGCUGGUGGCUUGUCAAGAAGGACGGUGUGGAGGGUUGGGCUCCAACCAAUUAUCUGGAACUAGUCCCUCCAGCUGCUCCUCCAGCUGCCCCAAAGCCGCCACCACACAGAACCAAACCUGCUCCUGCUGCUCCAGUGGCUGCCAAACCGCCCGUUGCCACAGCGAAGACCGUUGCCCAUUCAUUAACUGCAAAUGCUUCUGCAAAACCUGUUUCUGUAUUUCCUGGCAUGGUUCCCGCAAAUGGAUCUACUGCGCCUUGGAAGAAAACAUCCGCUAUCACACCAGAUGACUCGCCUGCUUCUUCAAGACCAUCGAGCGUGAUCGGUCAUAAACCUCCGCCUCCUUCUGUAGCUAGUAAACCCAAACCUCCUGCUCCACCAGUCGGAGUUAAACCGUCCCCCAAUAUUCCUGGAAAACCGCCAAUACCGAGCGCACCUCGCCCAUCUGUCGGCGGUGCCCCAAAGACUGCUAAUAACUCUAAGCCUCCUGCUGCUCUAGGUGGUCAGAUGGAUCUAGCUGCUGCGUUGGCGAAACGGGCACAGAGGAUUGCUCAAGACGAAUGA